AUGACUCUGUCCAGUGACUCUGAAGCCUCACAUCAACCUGGACUGCCUCCAAAUGAGGAUGAGAUCGAUAUAGUAGGCGGGGUCGAGUCGAUCCAUCCAGGGUUGUGCAGAAACGGAUGCGCCGCGGAUCCUGGAUCUUCAGCAGAAUCUGGUGCUGAAUUUGACUCCUCGGAGCCGGACUCCUCGGGGGAAAGUGAGAGCAGCGUCUGCGCAGGCGCUCCAGCUCCGAGCGGCGCGGUGAAGCCUCCUUACUCCUACAUCGCUCUCAUCACCAUGGCCAUCCUGCAGAGUCCGCUGAAGAAGCUGACGCUCAGCGGCAUCUGUGACUUCAUCAGCAACAAGUUCCCUUACUACAGAGACAAGUUCCCCGCGUGGCAGAACUCCAUCAGACACAACCUCUCCCUCAACGACUGCUUCAUCAAGAUACCCAGGGAGCCUGGGAAUCCUGGAAAAGGCAACUACUGGUCUCUGGAUCCAGCCUCGGAGGACAUGUUUGACAACGGUAGCUUCCUUCGCCGCAGGAAGCGCUUCAAGAGGAACCAGCCAGAGUUUGGCCAAGACGGAGUGGCGUUUUAUUCCAGCUUCAGCUGCUACCGGCCCUGCGGGCAGCCGUUUGGCGCACAGUGCCCACCCGCAUCUGUUCGGUACAUGCCACUGCAGGAUGGCAUCAUGAUGCCCCCCUCUUCCUGCCACCUAUUGCCACGCGCUCUGAACAGUCACACAAAGCGCAGUGGACCUGGAUACUCCAGAGCGCAGCCGUGCGCUACAGACCCGAAGCCUGGCGCGCAGGCGAAGUGCUCCUUCAGCAUCGACAGCAUCAUGAACAGACCCCCUCCUGUCAGCCAGCAGCCCCCGAACUCAUCGCCUACACAUUAUGGCGCACUCGGGUUCAACCACCUCGUGUUAAAUCCAGAUGUCUCUGUGUUGCCAGCUCUCCUGCAGCCUGUACGGACUCCUUUCUGCCCCCCUCCAGCACUGAGCGCUGAGAGUUUCAUACUCUCUUACUCUCCACUGCUGACACAUUAA